AUGGAGUACGAGUACUGGGAGGACGACUACGGGCAGUGCCCAUCGAACCAGUCCUUCGACGAGGAGGACGAGGAAGUCAGCUCCACCCAACUGCUUCUGAAGCAGAUGAUGCCACGCGAAGAGACCUACCAGCAUCAGAUCAUCAAGAACCACAACCAACAACGCCUGCGGUACAUGCGAAUGUCCCGGUAAGUGAGCAAAGUUUUGUUCGAGACCCUCGAGCGCUCUUUUAAACCCCUGAUCCGUUUCGAAGAGUCGUUUUGUAAAUCAACCUCACAUCAAAUGGGCUUGUGACCUUCCAAUGGUCAAAUAAUAAAUUAACUUUACUUUCCGAUUGCUUUUUGUUUUUUACAGUUCGAAAUAGUUUCCGAGUUAGAGUUUAUGUUGUUUUAGAUAGUUGCUUGUCAUUGUGUCGGCAGUGUUUUUCUCUUUCUCAACAUUUCUCACAUUCCUGGUAAAUAGGCGUUUUUAAAAGCAUUUUAAUUUGUUUUAAAAGUUGAAUUCGAGUGGUUUAGACAUAGUUAAGGCUGACUAAUCGUGUUGUUGUUUAUUCUUUCGGUGAUUAACAGGAUAAAAACUUUAUUUUUCGAUUUGCCCUCGGGGAAUGUUCACCAAAUUUCGAUUUUUUUGAAAAGUAAAGUCAGUUUCACUAUUAUUGUAAAUCUUUUUGUUGUUAUGACAUACGGUCAAAGUACAACGCGGAUGUUUACAUAUUUCAGUAGUUAUGUCGCAAAGAAAAUAAAAAAUUAAAAUCUGCAAAUAUUAGCACUAAUAGGUGGUGCUACUAACUUUCUGACCUAUUUUUAUUAUUUUGGGCGCUUUUAGUAAUUUUUAGAUUUAAUUUUUGUUAUAGUACAUUUAAAAUGACAUUUCAAUGUCUUUUACUUCUAAAUUUUAAUAUUGUGAACGAAAGCACUUUAUUUACAAUUGACAGUAGUAUAAUAUAUAAACUAUGAAAUUAUCUAACGUCGGCGGUACCUUAUUGUCGCAAACGUGUGUUUUUGCCUGAGGGAAUGAAAGCGGAAAGGCAUUUGGUAUUAUCAGUAGAGGCAUGAAUUUAAUCUUCCUCCACUUUUAUUCCUAAUUAAUUGUAAUCGAACACACCUAUUUUAAGUGUCAUAAUCUCGGAAUUCCGAUGAUAAUGUCAUCUUUCGAAGAUCAUCUGUCUAUUUUUAGGGCAGUCAAGUUUAAAGUUUAAAUUUGCAUGUCAAUGAUAAUAUCUGGAAGAUACUAUAAGGUUAUUCCAUGAUGUUGUAGUAAUAUUUUAGAGUGAUGUUGUUGUCUUCUGAUGUUAUGCUAGUUACUAUGUUUACUGCUCUAUUUAAGUAGCCUGUUGAUGCGAUAGUCAUAUUUGACGCCAAUUUCAAUCAUUCCUUCAAAGAUAUGCACCUUAAUGAUAAACUCUUGCAGAAUGACUGCGCCGCCUUCGUAUUACAUUAAAGAGAAGGCCGUCGUAUCUACAAGUGAAGCAACAUGUGCAGUAUGUGGAGAUAGACCGGCAAAAGCACAUUAUGGAGUGUUAGCAUGUUAUGGUAGGUUACAAAACAUUCAGGAGAAUCGUAUUUUACAUAUUCAAGUAAAAUUGUUUUAAACUUAUUUUCGGUGGGUUUCUUUAUGUUUAUAUCAAUUCUUUUCGCUAUUAUAAUAUUAAUAUUUCAACCAAAAUGUUGAUUAUUCUGUAAAUUUAGAGAAAUACUUUGUUUGUCUACCUUAAUGUCUUUUUGAUGUAAUAAAAGUAUUAUCGAUAUCAAACAUACCAUGACGUCAUACGAUCACUUCCAGGAUGCAAAGGUUUCUUUCGACGAACGUUGACCGGAAAGUACCGUUAUGUAUGUCGUUUCGGCAACAAUUGCGUGGUCGAUAAAGGUAAUGACCAAGAUAACACCACCUUAUUUAAGGACUUACUGUAGUCUUACCUCAUUCUUAAUAUAUGCAUUAACCGUUUGUUUACAGUACAACGAAAUAGUUGUCGGUACUGUAGGUUUCAACGAUGUCUCGAAGUGGGUAUGGACCCUCAGGCCGUCCGACCGGACCGUGAUUUGACCGGUAAACAGAAGGUACCACGGACAAGGAAACGGCAGAUGGACGAAGAGUUGAUCAAUCACAUGGUAAGUAAUCGUAUGUCACGGAAACAUUCUUGUUUUUCAUGGAGUUUGGUCAGAAUUCGAAAAAAGUACAAGUUCUUUAUCUUUUGGACAAAUAUUAUUGGAAAUACAGAUGAAAGUAUGCAAUAUUAUUACUGUUUACAGUAGUAAAAACAUUUAGUAAUGUAUGACAAACAUUGUUACAUAAUAUUGUGGCUGUUAUUUCACAGUACGUACUAUUAAAUACAACAAUAGCAUUCCUCAAUAUACAGUACGACUAUUUCAGAUGCGACUACAAGGAGACGACUGGUCGAGGAAGAUACCGGUCGAAGCCAAGGUCUUGUUGAUGCAGUUGUUGAACAUCGAGUCCAACGUGGUCAAAGGCGACGUCUUAUCACCGAACAAUGUCAAUUACAACGAAAAACUGAACCUGAGCAGUGUUAGCCUGAGGGAAUUGUUCGAAAAGAAGCCGGCUUGCAACACGCGGCGGACGGAGGUAAGAAUCAUAUUACGUGGAAAGUGCAACAAGGUGAUAACAUAAUAAGCUACGGAUAGCUGCUGAUAAUGGGUUUUGUUACACUGGGUUCAAGAGACUGUUAGCGCUGGAAUGCGGACUAAAGAUUACGUUUACAGCUUUAACUUAGUGUCUUAAGUUUUGUUAUUAUAGGUUUUUUUUAGAAUUACAAUGAUUUUUUGAAUAAUUUAACUUAAAAAACCGAUAUUUAACUUUAAAAGUCUACUUGUACUUUUAUGGCUUUCUGAACGUAUAAACUAUCAUUUAACGUCAUGUCUGAUGAGUUUUUACCACAUACGAUCGUAUAACAAGGAAACACGAAUGAUCCCUUUUCACCAUCCCAUAUAUCUCUCUAACAUACCACAAAACUCAUCCAAAACAUAACGAAAGCAAUGUAAAUUGUAAACCAUCAAAUGCCUAAUGUUGUUUUAGAUGUGUUAUGAGCCCUAUCGGAUGGCGAGAGCUGACGAGCUACCUAUGAUCGCUCAUCGUGGAGCGAUCGCCGCAGUCGACUGGAUCGAAUCCCUGGUGGAGAUGACGGAAUUCAUAGACACCGAGGACAAGAUCGCCUUGGUCAAGUCGUGUUAUGCUCCAUUAACCAUCUUCAACUUCUCAGCACGAACGGCACAGAACACUGAGAACCCUGACAUACUGUGCUUGUGCUUCUACUCGUACGUGCCGAGGAAACUGCCUUCUGAAUUCAAUGCUAACAAGUAAGAAUGACACAAAAAUAGGAUUUGAAAAAAUGAAAAAAAGAUCAAAAUUUGACAAAAUGAUGAACAUAUAGGUCUAAUUACAUAAAUGUAAAGAAAACAUGUUUUAAUUAAAUUUAAAACAUUAAAAAAAUGAAAAUUAACGAUAAAUGAGCAACAUUUCAGUCACUUAUCAAACAACCUCGUCGAUAGGACGUUAAACGAGUUGGUGGGGCCCCUGAGGAAGCUGAAGCUACGAGAAGAAGAAGUUAUUCCCCUUAAGGCAAUUAUAUGCCUAAAUCCAAGUAAGUGGAUUUUACAGAGUAAAAAAAUGGCAAAUUUAUGCAACAUAUAAUAUACAAAAAGCCAUAAUUUGUUACUUUUUAUAAGUUUUCUUGUUUUAAGAUGCCAAAGGAUUGUCACCAGAAGCUCAACAUCAUGUAGCCGAGCUUCGUGACAAAAUUCAAGACAUGUUAUUCCAAGUAGUCAAAGAAUUACAUCCGGUUUACAAUGCUUCAUCUCGGUUUGGCAAUCUUCUGCUUCUACUGCCAACUAUAACCGUAAGCUGCCUUAUAUUACACUAGAUCUUGGUUCAAUGAAGUAUAUUUUUUGAGGUUUUUGUUUCUAUGACUUCUGUAUGACUUUUUUACUGAACGUUAAUACUAUUUUAACCGUCAAGAUAUAAUAAACAAGGAAUAUUAUGUUUUAUAUUCAGACACUGUCAGCGAUCAUGUGCGAGAACAUGCAGUUCUGUCAGACCAUCUUCGGUAAUCGACCGCCCAGUGAAUCCCUCCUCAACGAGUUGUUCCAAGACUCCAGAAACGACGAACCUCUAAUCACCUCCACUCAAACCUCAUCUUCUCCUUUAUUCGAAAACCCGGCUGAUAUUAGUUUACAGGUAAUUAUGGCAUUGCCGUGAGGUCUUUAUUUAUAUCUUAAGAUAUCGCUGAUAGACACUAUGAUUUGAAACAGUUUAUAAUGUAAUUUACAAGGCACCGUUACAAACUGUUAUUCGAAAAGUAUGUAAAUUAGCCUUUUCUGGGUGAAAAUUAGUCUUUGUUUAAUGAUUUCUACUUAAUUUGUGACCAUUACUCCAAAAUAUUUAAAAAUAGCAUACCAAACAUAUAAAUCAUACUUAACAUAGUUACUUCCACCCUUAAUGUCAUGAUUACGUAUCAAUUAGUAAUAGCAACUCCGGAAGAUGUUAAUCAUCAUUUGAUGCAUUACUUGUUGUAGGCCCUAGAUACGUUUACAAAAGUAGUCAAUCAUCACAUGUCCAAGUCAGAUGGCAGUACUCAGACCGAGUCCAGCGAUGACUGUAGCUCACCGUUGACGAGUUGGUCCAGUCGAUCCAUGACAGCCGACUUCUCACCAUCUGAACAUGUAAGUGGAUAUUACAGUAGUCAAACGUGAUAUUAUGAUGACAUAAAUGUGCUGAUAUAAAUCACAUUAUUGUACCUACUUUCAGGCUCAAAUAGACCACAUGGACAUCACCUCGUUCGGCCUUCUAGAAGAUGAUCUCACGGACUCCUUCCCUUCAGACGCCGUCAACCUCUUCACAUCGACCGGUUGCUCUGAGCUGUUUGGUCUGACACAAUAG